CGUUCUGGUUGAAAUAGUUUCUACUGCAGCAAAUGCUACACUGGUCUUGGAAGAUACCCUCCAUUCAAGAGAGAGGUAUGGUUUUAAGAAUGAGGCAAAGAAAAUGGUUGUUGCACUAGUUGAUAUGGAGCGAGCUUUUGUGCCCCCCAACAUUUCAUCCGUUUGGUGCAAAGGAGGAUGGAGAGACAGCGCUGAGAGGAGGAGCUGAAAACUCGAUCUUCAAAAAAGGGGCAAGAGGCAGGGCAAGCAACACUAAACAGAGCAACUAGUCCUCAAAUAGGUGGUCAGCAAACUGGUGGAAGCUUGAAAUCAAUGAAGGAAAAACCAGGGCAGACAGAGAAAGAAGUUCAGGAGAAUUCAGGUUUAAAGACUGCUGGUCCCGAAGGAGAAAUAACAGCAGGGAUGAUGGAUGUUCAUUGCAACUCUUUCUUCCCAAUGUUUGUUUUGCUUUAUGUCAUACAUUACUUCCUUUUCAUGGUGGCGGCUUCAUACUACCAUUAUCUCAACUUUCUAGGUUAUGAUGAUUUUUUGGAGUUGGCAUUGCAGUUUGGAAUGAUCAUGAUGUUUGCUUGUGCAUUCCCUCUCGCAUUUGCCUUUGCUACUUUGGUAUAUAAUGCUUUUUUAGUGAACAACAUUACAGAAAUCAAAACUGAUGCAUUAAAGCUGCUUACCAUGUUUAAAAGGCCUAUCCCUCGUGCUGCCACCACAAUUGGAGCUUGGCUAAACAUUUUCCAAAGUCAGACCAUGCUGCUCCUUCCACAGGCGCUUUGACUGCAGAGCUCACGACGGUUUUGGUCCUGCAGUGCCCCCCAUGCCAUCAGACCCGCGUAUAUUAUCCCCUAGGGCCAGUAUGCUCUUAAAGCAUUUAUAUGGGGCCCUCCUAAAACUAGCUCCUCGUCGAUCAACUCUAGUAAAGCCUCCUCCUAAGUUGAACGUGGAGGUGAUCCCUCCCUCUCCAUCCACAGUGCAAUCUUCCAACAGAGGUCAAGUCUUCGAGCUUGUUGUUGAGGAUUGUAUAGGAGCCAACCCAAGUGUGGAGAGGAUGUCUUCUCCUAAGGGCCCUGUUUCUGCCACCCUCGUCAUAGAGCUCACGAUGGCCUCGGCCGAGGAUCCUGUCGGGAGAACUUCUAGAGGGGAAGGAGUAGAGCCAAAGUUGGCCGCAGUUCCUAGCCUCCUUGCUGAGAAGACGACUACUAUUCUCUCUCCCUUACUUGUCGCAAGGUCGCCUGCUGCUGAAAUUGAGAUGGCCUUGGAGUCGAGGAACGAGGGAGAGAGUCUGCGGAGACCCAGUGAGAGUGGGGAGCCUCAAAGUCCUAGCGAUGAACUUCGCUCCACCAUCGAGGGCCACCUUCUCUCCCAGCCCUGCAAAGAGGGUCUCGAGCACAGUGUUGAAGAUGUUGAGGCGGCUACCCAGCCAUCCCUUGAAGAGAGCAUAGUGGAGGUCAUUCCUCUGUUCGCUCAAUUAGAGGUGAGAGGAGCUCGAGUAGAGUCUCUCGAACGGGUGACCAAGUCUUUGAUGGACUUCUUAUCCAAGGGUGUAUCUCGGCUGGCUGCUUACAUGUAAAUGGCUAGAAAGCACUUGAAGGGGAGAACUAGGCCCUUUGCUCCUCAGUAUCCUCUGGGAUGAGGCAGGUCCAUGGAGACGAGACACGAUACUUGGCUCUCCUGAUCUUCUGAUCUACCUCGUAGACUAAGGUGGGGGAUGAGGCAAGCCCGUAGAGAUAUAGUACUUGGCUCCUUUGGUCGUCUCGUCGGCGUCAUAAACUGAGGCUAGGGUUAAAACAAGUCCGUGGAGACACGGCGUCACCUGGAAUCACAAUUAUCUGGAGGGUUUGGACAAAAUGAGAGAUCAUGUGCUCCUGAAUCCUUGAAGCAAUUUUAGGGCACUGAAAGUGUAAGAACUCCCUCCAGACUCGUUGGCAUUGAAGCAUGGGGCCUCAAUAGGGAAGGAGUUGAUCUCGAGUGCAUUCUCAUACAACCCCACCAGUGUCAACCCCGCCAACUGACUACCUUUCCCUAUUGUAUUGAUGUAUUUAUUUUUUCUUCUGUUUGUAACGUACUUUGCAAUAAUAUUAGUGGAGUUUCGUGUA